AUGGCCAGAAAAGACCCUUUCCGAUUCUUCGAUCUACCCACAGAGUUACGACGCGAGGUCUACCGUCACCUCCUCACUGACGCUUUGGCUGAUGGACGCAUGCCCGAUGCCGGCGGUCUAUAUCUUGCUUGUCGCACUACUAACUCCGAGAUGGAGAGGCUGGUAUCGACGGUUCGAGUAGUCCUUAAUCUCAAGCAUGCCUGGAAACUCGAUCGCAGUAUGUUAAAGGAUAAUCUGCGUUUUGAGCUCCCACCCGAACACGCCUAUGGCACACCGCUUACCCAAGUCACGAUUUCUAUACCUGGCAAGCCCAAGCACACUACCCUGAAGGCCCGAGUCACUCACACUAUGCGAAAGCACGCAAAACGGACGAAGAUAUUGGCUGUAUGUCUUCUUCUUCACCCGAUGGGAUACGAACUUCAGGGCGGCAGAUACAGUCCUGAAGAAUGUCUUGCAUCUGAGUGUCUUUUCUUCCAUAUCUUCAUCAGAAGAUGUGGGCAAAAGUUUCUCGAGAUGACAGGCGAUUCUGGACAGGGCAAGCAACUGAUCUUUUACAAAGACCCUCUGGAAGAUAGGUGGAUCAUGAAGAUUGUGUAUUGGGGCCCGUGCCAGCCGGUUGAUGCUGGAUUCGUACGGUAUGGACGCUACAGGGUUGGGAAAAACAUGGUUGAUGGAGCUGAAAGCACUAUGUUUGGCUUCGACGUCAAGAUCGAGUUACCUUUCCAAGAUGCGGAGGGGCCUGUCUAA